ACGUAGGUCUAGUACGCCGACCAUAUAUCUUCCUAUAUUCUUCUUCCCUAUCUUCAUCUUCAUCUUCAUCUUCAUUCUUCAUUCUUCAUUCUUCAUUCUUCAUUCUUCAUUCUUCAUUCUCCACACUUCCUCAAUUCCAACCUGAAGUAUCACCCUCCUCCCAUCUCUCCUUCUCUCCUCUCCUCUCCUCUCCUCUCCUCCUCUCCUCCUCUCCUCCUCUCCUCCCCUCCUCCCCUCCUCCCCUCCUCCUCUCCUCUCCUCUCCUCGCAUUCGCGUCCAACCUACACAGACCUCGACCCAUCCUCCCGGGUUGAUCGAGGCCCCGUUCGAACCACCUCCUACCCUCACCGACCAAAACACCAGAUCAACCGCCGCCAUGUCCCCAAACAUCUACUUCAGCUUCCCCUCCAACGCCCUCAUCCAAUUCCCCCCCUCCUCCGACCCCUCCACCCUUCCCCCUCCCCCGCGGGCACCGCCUCCUUCGCCCCCCCCUUCACCAUCCCCGCCAGCAUCUACAACUCCGCCUACGACGCCCGCGUCCCCCUAACCAUCGCCUCCGUCUACGCCGUCACCGUCGUGACCCUCAACAAGGUCAACGCCGCGCGCGGCAACAAGCCAUGGGCCAUCUCCAAGACCGCCGCCUUCCGCUGGCUCGUCGUCCUCCACAACGUCCUCCUGGCCCUCUACUCCGCCUGGACCUUCGUGGGGAUGUACAAGGGCCUCUCGCGCACCAUUCCCUCCGUCUACGGCCCCGACGGCGUCAUCGGCGUCGUCGACUCGCUGUGUAAGCUGCACGGCCCCGCCGGCACGGAGAACGCUAUCGCCUACUCGCCUGGCACGUCGUCGUGGCAGGAUGCCCCUGGUCUUGAGGGCGGCAGGCUGUGGAAUGAGGGAUUGGCGUUUUAUGGAUACUUCUUCUACCUGUCCAAGUUCUACGAGGUCGUUGAUACGGCUAUCAUUCUCGCCAAGGGGAAGCGCAGUUCUACGCUCCAGACUUACCACCACGCCGGCGCUAUGCUCUGCAUGUGGGCUGGGAUGCGCUUCAUGACUCCCGCUAUCUGGAUGUUCUGCUUCUUCAACUCCGGCGUCCACGCCCUGAUGUACACAUACUACACCAUAACCUCCUUCUCCGUCCGCGUCCCCAAGGCCAUCAAGCAAACCCUCACCACCCUCCAAAUCUCCCAAUUCAUAAUCGGCGUCUACUACGCCGCCGCACACUCCUUUGUCUCCUACGACAUCCCCGCCUCCUCCACCUCCGCCAGCUCGCCCUCCGCAUUCCCCGCACCCUCACCAAACCGCAAGGUCCUCUACGCCGGACCUGCUGGAGCGGCGGACCAGAAGUACGAGACGGUCAGCUGUAUCAACACCAGCGGCCAGACGUUCGCGGUGUGGUUGAAUGUGUUUUACCUGGGCCCGCUGAUGUAUCUGUUCAUGCGCUUCUUUUAUCGCUCGUAUAUCCGUCGCGCGUCGCCGAGGGUUGCCGGGGGAAAGGGGGCCGCUGCUGCGGCGGCGGUGGUGGGGGCUGGGAAGGGGGGUAAGAGGGUGUAAGAACGCGAAGAUGAGGAAUGAUGGUUUGAAGGUUGAGAUGGGUGGUGCUUCUGAGGGUGCAGCCGGGAGAUUGGGAAGCGAGGUUGAGAAGCUAAGGGGUUGCUCGAGAUUGAAUGCACCUCCGUCGCGGAGCGGAUAGACCGGCUCGUGCAGGAUGGAAGACCGCCACGGUGGGAGCGGAGGAGGACACGGGGAGUCGGAGCAUGGCAUUGCAGGCGUUAUUCCGGGUCAACAAAAACUGAUCAUGUGUGGAACGGUAGAGGUGAACUGCAGGUAGAAAUCUACAGCACACACAGACAAACAACGAUGCUUGGUAUAGUUGAAUCCCUUCGUUUUAAUGUCUAC